AUGGGAGGCCAUAUCCAGGCGGCAGGAGGCUGUUGGACAGAGGAGCACGCUCCUUCCUCGGAGGGCUUUGAACGGAGACUGAGCGGCCCUCUCCCAAAGGGCUCUAGGAAGACACACCCAACUCAAGGUGGCGGCGGCGGCGGCGGCGGCAGCAGCUUUGGCGGGCCGGGAGCGGAAACAGGAAGUCCGUCCCGCUGCGCAGGCGCCGACGUCCCUCCCUCCCUCCCUCCCUCCCUCCGGCGGUAUGCUGCAGGGAGUUCUGGGAAGGAAGGCGGAAGCGGAGGCUCCGGGAGGAGCGGAGUGGUGGGCGGGGCUUCAGGCGGCCAGGUCCCGGCGGAAGUCCGGUCCGUUCUGCAUCGGCGGGCAGGAGGCGUCCCUCUGGGAGUCCGGGGCGGGGUCUGCCGGCGCUCUCCGCCCGUCCCUCCGCCCGCCAUGCUCCGCCUGCGGCUCCGGCUCCUCCUCCGCCCGCUCGGGCCCCGGGGCCUCUUCUCCGGUGGCAGGCCUCCGGGGGCCCCUGCAGCCGCCGCCGCCGCCUCCUCGUCAUUGGCGCUGAGGCGCCUGGUGGAGGCCUCCGCCAGCCCCGGGCGCCUGCUGCGCUGGCUCUCGCAGAACCCGUGGCUGUCCUCGGCCUCCCUGCUGGCCCUGGCCCUGGCCCGCCUGGCCUGCCUGCUCUGCCUGCCCCCGAAGGGCCAGCCCCGGCCCCCGCCGCCGCCGGUUCCAGUCCGCCUCCUGCUGGCCCAGCCCGACUUCCGGUUCCUCAGCCGCCGCCUGGCCCCGCGCUGCGCCCGCCUCGACCCCGCCGCGCUGCUGGGGUGCCUGGUGGCCUCCGCCCUCCUGGGGCUGCCCAGCCAGUGCCCCUUGGUCCGGGCGCUGGAGAGGGAGGCCCAGCGGAGGAAGCGGCAGCGGGGGCACUCCUUCCCCCUCCGGCCGGAGAAGGGCCUGGCCCCCGUGGAGGAGAUGCUGGCCCUCUGGCGCCCGGAGGCCAGCCCCGCAGGGAGAGCAGACAGGGCCCUGGCCGCCCUCUUCCAGUCCAGGCUCUUCCGCCAGCACCGCCAGGAGCGCUUCCUCCGCAGCAUGGCAGACUGGUUCCCUGGCAAUGCAGAGGCCCUGGCCCCCUCCACCUUGGCCUUGCUGGCCAAGCACCUGGCCAGGCACCGCCUGCGAGAGCCACGGCUGCUGGACACUCUGGCCGCCUUCCUCCUCAGGCGGGUCGAGCGCUUGGACGGAAAGAUGAUCCAGAGGCUGGUCUUCCCCUUUGGCCGUCUGAACUACCGCCCCGCGAACCACGCCGAGCUCUUCCCCCGACUGGCGGGGGCUCUGGGGCAGAAAGCCUCCCUCCCCCCACUGGCCACCCUCAAUGUCCUGCUGUCCCUCUGCCAACUCCAGUUCUGCCCCCCAGCGACCCUCCUGCGCCGGGUCUUCUCUCCCGCCUUCCUUGCAGAUGUCACCGGCAGCCCCUGUGGGCAGAUCGCACGGCGGUACCUCUCCCUUCUGGACAUGGCUGUGGUGCUGGAGGACCCAGGCUACGAUGGACCCCGCCUUGACCCAAUGUACCGCGUGCGGAUGUUUGACGGGGCCCUCGCCGCAGACAGAGCCAACCGCCAGUACAGCUACAAAGGCUUGGUGGGAGAGGGACUCCAGCAACUGGUGGGGCCAGACUGCUACUUGCAGGACGAAGUGGUGCCUCCAGGAUACGGCGUAGACUUCCUGCUCAGGGUCUCCUCUUCAGGUCAAGUACUCCCGCUGGAGGGGGACCUCCACGUGUCUACAGCUGCCGCCAUCAACACCACUGUCAUCGGAAACCCCGUCUCGGAAGCAUGGAACGCACCCCUCCCCAGGCCAGAGCAGCUGGAGGGACCCACGGCAGAGGACAAUCGCCCCAGCCCCUCGUGCUCCCCAGGAACAGCUCCUCUGAGGACAGAGACCACCCUGGGCAGCUGGACCUGUGGCAGUGCUGGCAAGGCAGACCACCUCUGUUUCCUCACUCAGCAAGAGCCCAUGGAAGGGCUGGACCAGUCUGCUCCAGGGGUCCUGGCUGAGCCCCCCAUCUCCCCUGACUUUCCCAGUGCUGAGGGAAUCAGGCAGAACAGGCCACAGAAGGCAGAGGAAAUCCACAGGUAUCCACCUCGGGGGCCAUUUCACAGGCUGGUGCUGUCCAUCAACGACAAGUGGCAUUACUGCCAGAACUCGGAGGUCCUGGUGGGCUCCCGGGCCAUGCGGAACCGACACCUGCGCUUGCUGGGCUACCGCCUCCUCCAGUUGCCCUAUUGGGAACUAGAGAGACUGUGUGGCAUUGAGGAAGCCCAGCAGUACCUGUGCCAGAAGCUGAAGGAGCUCCAGCCCUGAGCUGAAGGGAUGGAGAGUCUGACUGGUGUGGGGAAUGUUUUCCUGGCUGCAAAGGAAAUGGGGGAGGCCAGACGCACCCCUUGCAACAAAACAAGUGGGGAGCCCAGGCAGGCGCACUCUGCUUUGUGGAUGCCCUCCUGCCAGCCAGCUGCCAAAAGCCAGGCCUCUGCCCCAGUUCCCAGCGCCUCCCUGGAGUAUGUCCUAUUUGGUUUCCUUGGGAGAGUUGCCUCUCUGUUCUCCUUUUGAGUAGGAGGGGUGGAAGUAGUGGCGGUGGGAAACUGGGCACCCCACAACCCCUUCUUGCCCCAAAAAGACAUCCAGGCAGGAGGGGGAGGCAGCCUGCUCGGAUUGUAAUAAAGCUAUUUAUUGACACUUUUAAA